CCAAAACUAAUUAACAGCUAAUAAGCUAACAAAUAAUUAGUCUUAAAAUCAAGGUCAUAAAUGUCUAAUUACAUUUUUAAAUAAAAAUAAACCAAAGGUUGACUAGUCAAACAAAAGAACACUCCACCUCAGAAUGCUCAUCGGAAUGGCCACCGGAGGCUCCGUUCCCGUCACGGCAGCUAUCGCCGGCCGCCGCAUCGCAUUCACGACGCCGACGAGCUACGCACCUCGCCUCUCCGGCCUCCUCGAGAUCGCCGGCGCCGAAUGCUUCGCUAUUCCCACCGUCGCCGUUGGAGCAACACCUCGGACGCUUGCCGCCAUCUCUCCCUUCUUCCUUCCCGGAACCCUAGAUCCUUUCACUGCCCUUGCCUUCACCUCUCGCGCUGGCAUAUCGGCUGCCGCCGCAGCGAUCUGCUCACUGGCUGAAGCCACUCCGCCUCUCUCCGACCUCGGAGAUCCACUAACAGUCGCUGCCCUCGGUCGUGACGCGGAGCUUCUUCACGAUAACGGGCUGCUUUCCAAGCUGUGUCGAAACCCUAGCAGAAUAAGGGUUUUGGUCCCAGAGAUCGCUUCCCCUUCAGGUCUCGUGGAGGCUCUCGGCGAUGGGAUUGGAAGGAGAGUCCUGUGUCCGGUGCCGGACGUCGUUGAUCUGGAGGAACCUCCGGUGGUGCCAGAUUUCAUCAGGGAUUUGGAAUCACGGAAUUGGGUGGCAAUUAGGGUUCCUGCAUACGAGACGAGGUGGGCGGGGCCGCGGUGUGUGGAGGCAUUGGUGAGAUUGGAUGGAAAAUUGGACGCGAUAGUGUUCACGAGCUCGGCGGAGGUUGAAGGGUUGCUCAAAGGGUUGGAAGAGUUCGGGUGGGAAUGGGGGAGGGUGAGGACGCGAUGGCCGGAGAUGGUGGUGGCGGCUCACGGGCCUGUGACGGCGAGAGGGGCGGAGAGGUUAGGGAUCACGGUGGACGUCGUGAACUCCAAGUUCAGCAGCUUUGAUGGGAUUUUGGAAGCCUUAACUUCGAGAUGGAGUGAUGAAAGCUCUGAAAGCUGACAGCUUUGACUUCGAUUCUUGUUAGAACCCUUCAAGUGGUGAGAGUUCGAAUUACCGGUGAGGGUGUAUUUCUGGAAGUGUGAAUAGUAAUUAUGUGCGGGCGGUUCCAAUGUCCAUAUGUGUGCAGACUCCAUUCUCACUUGCUCCACCUGAGGUUUGUGCACGUCUUUACCUUUCUUAACCGCCUAGCCUCUAAAAAUUAAAAAAAUUUCUUCGCAUUAGAAAGUUGCUUAAUUAUAAGAAGCUUUACCAUAUA